CUGGGCCAAUGGUCUGGUCCUGAAGGGGGGCGGUCUGGUGGUUACUGAUUGAGCUGGUGCAGGUUUGUGGCGAAGGGGGACGGACUGAGCUCAGUCUGGAGGCGUCAUGGGUCGACUGGUGGAGUGCGUCCCCAACUUCUCUGAGGGCCGAGACAAGAAGGUGAUCGAUGCCAUCUCAGCUGCCAUCUCCGGGUCCCGGGGCUGCAGCCUCCUGGAUGUGGACCCCGGGACCUCCACCAACCGGACGGUCUACACCUUCGUGGGGUCCCCUGAGGCGGUGGUGGAGGGGGCCCUGAACGCGGCCCGUUGCGCCUUCAGCCUCAUCGACAUGAGCAAACACUCAGGUGAGCACCCUCGUACCGGAGCUCUGGACGUCUGUCCCUUCGUCCCCGUCCAGGACGUCUCCAUGGACGACUGUGUCCACUGCGCUAAUGUCUUCGCUCAGAGACUCGCUGAGAUGCUGCAGGUUCCAGUUUAUCUUUAUGGAGAAGCUGCUCGGUCUGAGUCCAGGAGGAACCUUCCCUCCGUCAGAGCUGGAGAGUACGAGGCUCUACCCGACAAGCUGAAACGUGAUGAGUGGACCCCUGACUUUGGCCCCGCCCUCUUCGUGCCGUCAUGGGGUGCCACGGUAACAGGAGCUCGUACGUUCCUGAUCGCCUACAAUGUGAACCUGAUCGCAACCAAGGAGCAGGCUCAUCGCAUCGCACUGGACGUCAGAGAGCAGGGCCGCGGCCACGACCAGCCCGGGCUGCUGAAGAAGGUCCAGGGGAUGGGAUGGUACCUAGACGAGUCCAACAUCGCUCAGGUUUCCACCAACAUCCUGGAUUUCACAGUGACACCACUGCACGUCGUUUAUGAGGAGAUCCGCCGAGCGGCCCAGGAGCUGAAUCUGCCGGUGGUGGGCUCUCAGAUCGUGGGUCUGAUUCCUCUGAAGGCUCUACUGGACUCAGCUGACUUCUACAUCCAGAAAGAGAAACUGUUCAUCCUGGAAGAGGAGCACAAAGUCCGACUGGUGAUCAGUAAACUGGGUCUGGACUCCCUUGGUCCAUUCAAGCCAGAGGACAGAAUCAUCGAGUACAUGGUGAAGUCUCCAGAGGACGGACGUCUGGUGUCUUUGUCUCUGGAGCGUUUCGUCCAGAGUGUUGGCGCUCGGACGCCGGCGCCCGGAGGAGGAUCAGUGUCGGCUGUCAUGGCCGCUCUGGGGGCGGCGCUGGGGGCCAUGGUGGGUCACAUGACCUACGGGAAGAGACAGUUUGAAAAGCUGGACGGAGUCAUGAGGACACUGAUCCCUCCCUUCCACCACGCCAUGAAGGACAUGCUGCUCCUGGUGGACGAAGACACGGACGCCUUCAACGGGUACAUGGCGGCUCUGAAGAUGCCUCGGGGAUCUGCUGAGGACAUGGACAGGAGAGAGACGGCCAUGCAGGACGGACUGAGGAGAUCCAUCAAUGUCCCCCUGGCUCUAGCCGAGAGGAUCAGCGUCCUCUGGGACCCUCUUAGGGACCUGGUCCUCUAUGGCAACAUCAGCUGCAAGUCAGACGUCCAGGUUGCAGCUAAAGCCCUGGAGGCGGCCGUCUUCGGGGCGUACUUCAACAUCAGCAUCAACCUGAGGGACAUCAAAGACAAGGCCUUCAGGGCGGAGACUGAGAGGAGGGCCUCAGAGCUGCUGGAGGACGCCAAGCACAAGGCCGCCGCCGUCCUCCAAGCCGCCGACACCAGGCAGUGAAAGGGCCCCGUUACCGUGGUUACGGGAGGAGAAGGGCCCCGUUACCGUGGUUACAGACGUGCUGAUGUAGUUGAUGUGAACUUUGGAACCUCAGGACCAGCAGAGAUUGUUGGUUCUAGAUAAAAACCCUCCUCCUCCUCCUCUAAACCCAGGAACAAAAAACCAGGAGCAGUCUUUAAUCUGAUGAUGAUGAUGAUGAUGAUGAUGAUGACAGUGAUCUCUGUACUGACCUGUGUGUGUAGAAUGAGUUUUAAUGGGAGUUUUUAAAUCUGACAAAAACUAAUAAAAUCCUUCAGAAUCA